UGAAUCUAUUGAUGUUUUGCCAGCCCUAAUCGAUUGUUUGAGAAAUCUUUCCGUGGUUUAUAAAUGAUUUAAGUUGCCACCAAAUCAAAACGCAUACAAAAAGUUAACCCUACACGUAAAGGAGAUCCCUGAGAAGAACCCCCAAGCAGCUGCAUCAAGGCAAGAUAUGCAAAUAUGGAUUUCCACAUACUGAUCGUCAUUGGUUGUGUGAUCAGCGCCUCCCUGCUCUCCUUCCUGUUCAUCAAUAAGAUCUUUAGGCGCAAGACCUUCGAGGAGGUUGUCGCCGAGAAGCGCGCCCUGAGCGCCAAUCUGUACAAGGCCGGCGGCGGAGCGGCGGCCACCAAGAAGCCCAAGAAGAAGGAACUGAAGCGCGAGAAGAAACAGCGACAGAGGGAACAACAGCGGGAUGCCAGCCACGAUCCCGAGGAGGAUUACUCCGAUGGCCAGUCCGAGGAGCAGGGCUCUGUCGAGGAGGAGCCCGGCCUGUCCAAGCAGCAUGUGGAAUUCGAGCCCGAUGCAGAGAUCAUGAACGACCAGCGUAGGUCAAGCAAUGCCGCCGAAAAGGAGAACGUUCCCGUGGGCAAGAAGGGCAAGAAGGACAAGCGGAAUGCUGGCAAGGGUGGAGCCGCAGCAGCAGCAGCCGCCGCUUCUGUCGCUGGCAUUUUGGUCAACAAAAACGAGGCCGUGGCCGUGAAGCCCCUCACCGCUGAGGAGACUCCCACUCUGAACAGCUUUGAGGUACGCGCACCCAAGGAUGUGGUCGAGCUGAAGAAGCAGGAGCAGAAGGAACGCAAAGAGGACAACAACAACAAGCAGCAGGCACAGAAGAAGAACGGAUCCGGCAAUGUGGCCAAGAAGGAGAAGCCACAGGCCACCACCGCUGGUGUCUCACCCACAGCUGCUGCUGACCAGGAGCCACCGUCCGUACCCAAGCAGAUACUGAAGCAGCAGCAGCAACCGCAGAACGGCUCGCCCAAGACCCAGAACAACCAAGUGAACAACAAGACCAAACAGCAGCAGCAGCACAAGAAGCAGAAGGAGACCCUGACGACCAAGGAACUGGCCCAGGCUUUGGAAAAGCUGGCGGAUCAUCAGAACCAAACGAUUGGUGUCUCAGCUCUCAUGAAUGUGUUCUCCCGUGCCGAGCUGAAUCGUUCCGAGAUACAGAUUUUGAUCGACUAUUUGCUGAACAAGCAGCAGGAUAUGCCCGCCUCCCAUGCCGAGUGGUCGGACGACAUUUGCCAGAAGUUGAAGCGCCAGCUGGAGGAGAAGGAGAAGCUGCUGGCCGAAGAGCAGGAGGCCUCCAUUGGCAUCCAAGCCAAGCUGCGCGAGCUGCGCCAGGAGGUCAACACGGAGCGCGCCCAGAUGCAUGGCCGCAUUCAGGCCUACAACGAUAAGCUGCAGGGCAAAGAGCAGGAGUUGUCCGCCGUCAACCAGGAGCUGUCCAGUCUCAAUGAUAAGCUGACCCUCGAACGCCAGCAAUUCCAGACCUUGCUGAGGGAAAAGCAGGCCAGUUCGCAGGACUUGGUGCCACAGUUGCAGCGCCUGCAGCAGGAUCUGGCCCACAAGGAGAAGUGCCUGGCCGACAUGACCGCCUUCGUGAGCGCCGAGACGCAGCAGAAGAAUGAGCUGAUCCAGCAGCAGGCCCAGCAACUGCUGGCCCUCGAGCAGCAGCGCGACGAGUUGGAGGUGCGCCAGAACAACAGCAUCUUUGAGUUGGAGCAGCGCAAUCAGCUGGACGCUGAGAACGGCGAGCUGAAGGUGGAGCUGCGCAAUCUCCACAAUGCCCUGGAGUCGGCCAAGGCCGAUCUGGCGCAAGCCCAAUCGGAACUGACGCAUGUCCGCGGCGGCGAGCUGCAGGAGCUGCGCCAGCAGACGGCCACAUUGGAGGCCAACAAUCAGACACUCAACCAGCAGCUCAGCCAGGCCACAAGCAGCGCCGUUCAGGCAACGGCCGCCCAGUCGGAGCAGGCCCAAUUCCAGUCCGAUGCUCUGGCCAAGAAGCAGCAGGAGCUGAGUGCCCUGCAGGCGCAGUACGGAUCGCUGACCGCGGCCCAGGACAAGCAGCAGCAGCACACCAGCAGCCUGCAAUCGCAGGUGCAGGAGCUGCAGCAACAUGCCGAGCAGCUGGUGGCAAGGGAGAAGCAGCUGCAGCAGGAGCUGCAGGAACAGCGCGAGAAGAAUAAUGACGUGCGUAUGAAAAAUUGGAAGUUGAUUGAAGCGUUGCAAAAUGCCGAAGCAACAGCAACCGCAACCGCAAAGACGAAAGCAAAUACCAAGCAAUCCUUAGGCCAACAAGAUCUGCAGCUGCAACUGCAACAGCAGCAACAACAGCAAAAGUCAGCGGCUGCGGCUGCGGCGGCUGCCAAUGGGGCAAGCUCCUCCGCCAAGAGCGAACAGCAACGCAUACGCGAUCUUUACCAGCGUCUCUACCCAGAUGCGGUGAAAGCGCAAGCGGCCAGUGCACUGCAGGCCUCCUUCGAUCAGUGGCUGGAGCAGGUGUUGGCCACACACAUCAAGCAGCAGCAGCUGGAGCUGGAGAGGAAGGCGGCCCAGAACAGUAGUAAUAAGUCCACACAAUCAAACAAUAGUAGCAGUAGCAACCACAAUAGGAGCAGCACCAGCACCAGCAGCGGUAGCAGCAGCGCAAUCCACAACAAUAUUAGUAGCAAUAAUAGUAGUUCGAAUAGCAAAUCCUCCUCCUCCGCCGCCCCCAACGCUGAGCAGCAGCAACAGCAGCUGGAGCUGCACAAACAGAACCUGCAGUUGCGGGAAACGAACGAUAAGCUCACGCAGCUGGUCACCAAAACGACCAACACGCUGAUGGACCUGGAGGAGCGUGCAAGGGAGCAGGAUGAGCAUUGGCGUGGCAUUGUUAACCAGAAGGAGCAGUUGAUCACCAAGCUGCAACAGCAUGUCUCAAAUGGGGAGCAGGACAUUUAAUGUCGCUGAGGAGGAAGCAGAAAGCAGAAGCAGAAGCCCUACAACGACGAUAAAUGACAAGCAACCACACACGAGUUUGUCCAAACUUCCAAAACAACAACAACAACAGCAACAGAAAACCACAAUUCUAACAAUUCUAUUAAGUUUAAAGAGAGGGGAGGCCCCCCCACCACAGCAGCAAGUAAACAGUUAAUGAAUGAGAAAAACCUACCGUUCGGGAAUGCUUUAAGAACUUAUCUACAGCAAAACAACAACUAAAAGUAAUAUAAAACAAAACAAAACAAACAAAAACGACUCUUGUGCAAUGUUAAACGAGAUUUAAAAAGCAAAAAAAAAAACGAAGGAAUUCUUAGCCCUCUCACAACAAAAAUCCAUUGCUGCUGCUGCCCCAAGUGAGAAAAGAAAUGUCUCUGUACGUUUUUCUUUCUCCCGAAUUAACUAAUUAUUAUUAUUAUGAUUAUUUAACCAGCAGGCCGUAUGCGUAUGCGAAUAUUAUUUGUGUUGAACUUGCAUUUAAAACAAAAACAAACAACAACAACAAAAAACGCGCUAUAAACAAUUGUAUAUGUAUAUGUAUCUUAUGUUUAAGCAAAUGAAUUUACACGAGAAAAAAAACUACUUAAAAGGCAAUUCUAUAUACAAAAAAAAAUAAACCAAUUAUAUACUUAUAAUUAAACACUAAAUUUAUGUAUGUGUAUGUAUAUCUAUUUAUGUAUGCAUGUCAUGUGUAACGACAAAUUGUUUGUGUUUUUUUUUCCAUGUUUUCCAUGUUCUUUUUUGAAUUUAAUUUAAUUGUGAAGCAAAAAAAAUAGUAUUCAAAACCCGCAGCAGCAUGUGGUCGGUCCACCCCACAGCAAAAACAGCAAACAACAAACAUUUAAUUAAGCGUAUAUGAAAAAAACCAAGUAAACUAUUUUUAUAUAAACAAAACACACACACACAAAUGAGAGAACCCUAAUUCAUAAGUAAAACGCAAAUUAAACACAAAAUGGUAAAUGCUAGCGCCAAUUAGCGAUAAAAACAAAAAUUGUCAAAACAGUAAACUUGUUGCAUGCAAAAAGAAAAAAAAAAGUAUUUAGGGAGGAGUAGAAGGAACACACACAGAAAAAAUGGCACCCGCCCCCCCUUCCCACAAGAAAACGAAUGAGCUAUAGCCUGCAUUAUAAAGAUUUAUGAUGUAUAACUUAUGGUAAAUGAGAAUUAAAUACAUACACACAUAUGAGAAAACAUAA